CGAAGUUUCACUUUUUGUCUGUGGGUUCGCUCCCGGGCCCCGUGCGAGCUUUCCUGGGAUAAGUAGCUUUAGCGAGCGGGGGAGAGCCAGGCGCUGCAAGGUGGGAACAUUGAGGAAGCGGAACUGAAGACAGAAUCCAGUCCCCUGAUUCCAGUUCAGUGCUUUCUCUGUUGUUCUGCAGGACACUCAUCGGAGGGAAGAUAUCUGUCCGCAGUUGACACUAGCAUUGCAGUUUGCUGAACCUUGUGUCCACUGAUCAUUCCAAGAGCUAGCUGUCCAAGAUUCAACAAUGUCUCACCCAUCUUGGCUGCCACCCAAAAGCUCUCCUGAGCCCCUUGGCCAUGUGUCUGCCCGGAUGGAGACCACCCAUUCCUUUGGGACCCCCAGCAUUUCAGUGUCCACACAACAACCACCGAAGAAGUUUGCCCCCGUCGUUGCUCCAAAGCCGAAGUACAACCCAUACAAGCAACCUGGCGGUGAAGGUGAUUUUCUUCCACCCCCGCCUCCACCUCUAGAUGAUUCCAGUGCGUCUCCAUCGGGCUCUGGGAACUUCCCUCCUCCACCUCCCCUUGAUGACAGUGCUUUCAGGGCACAGGGAAAUCCUGGAGGCAAGACCCUUGAGGAGAGGCGCUCGAGCCUGGACGCUGAGAUCGACUCAUUGACUAGCAUCUUGGCCGACCUGGAGUGCAGCUCCCCCUACAAGCCUCGGCCUCCACAGGGCUCUACUAGCUCAACAACAGCUUCUCCUCCAGUCUCCACCCCUGUCACAGGACAUAAGAGAAUGGUCAUACCCAACCAGCCCCCUCUGACGGCAACAAAAAAGUCUACAUUGAAGCCACAGCCUGUACCCCAGGCUGGACCCAUCCCCGUGGCUCCAAUUGGAACGCUAAAACCCCAGCCUCAGCCCGUCCCAGCCUCCUACACUACGGCAUCUACCCCUUCAAGGCCUACCUUCAACGUGCAGGUGAAGUCAGCCCAGCCCAGCUCUCAUUACAUGGCUGCCCCUUCACCAGGACAAUUUUAUGGCUCAGGGCCAGGGGCCCAGGGCUAUAACACUCAACCAGUUCCUAUCGCUGGGCAGGGUCCACCUCCUUCUACACGGGGAGGCAUGGAUUAUGCGUAUAUCCCACCACCAGGACUUCAGCCUGAGCCUGGGUAUGGGUAUGCCCCCAACCAAGGACGUUAUUAUGAACCCUAUUGUGCAGCAGGGCCUGGCUAUGGGGGCAAAAAUGACUCUGAUCCUGCCUAUGGUCAACAAGGUCACCCAAAUACCUGGAAGCGGGAACAAGGCUAUACUCCUUUUGGCACCGGGAACCAGAACCCUGCUGGGAUGUAUCCAGUUGCUGGUCCCAAGAAGACCUAUAUCACAGAUCCUGUUUCAGCCCCCUGUGCACCACCACUGCAACAAAAGAGCGGACAAACAGGAUCCAUGGGGCCUCCGGCUGUCCCUUCCUCAUUCCGCCCUGAAGAUGAGCUCGAGCAUCUGACCAAGAAGAUGCUGUAUGACAUGGAAAAUCCACCCGCCGAUGAAUACUUUGGCCGCUGUGCUCGCUGUGGGGAAAAUGUAGUAGGGGAAGGUACAGGAUGCACUGCCAUGGAUCAGGUCUUCCACGUGGAUUGUUUUACCUGCAUCGUCUGUAACAACAAGCUCCGAGGGCAGCCCUUCUAUGCGGUGGAGAAGAAAGCCUACUGUGAGCCCUGCUACAUCAAUACCCUGGAGCAGUGCAGCGUGUGCUCCAAGCCCAUCAUGGAGCGGAUUCUCCGAGCCACUGGGAAGGCCUAUCAUCCUCACUGCUUUACCUGCGUGAUGUGCCACCGCAGCCUGGAUGGGAUCCCGUUCACCGUGGACGCUGGCGGCCUCAUCCACUGCAUCGAAGACUUCCACAAGAAGUUUGCCCCCCGCUGCUCUGUGUGCAAGGAGCCUAUCAUGCCAGCCCCCGGCCAGGAAGAGACUGUCCGGAUUGUGGCUCUGGAUCGCGAUUUCCAUGUUCACUGCUACCGGUGUGAGGAUUGUGGUGGUCUCCUGUCUGAAGGAGAUAACCAAGGCUGCUACCCUUUGGAUGGACACAUCCUCUGCAAGACCUGCAACUCUGCCCGCAUCAGGGUGUUGACCGCCAAGGCUAGCACUGACCUUUAAAUCCAGUCACCUAUUUAGCGGUUAGUUGGUGGCGCUGAGAAGCAUGAAACACAAGAAAAAAAAUAUAAGAAGAGAAAUAGGAAAAGAGAGGAAAGGCAAUUAAGCUAUGGGAUGGUCUCUACUUCAUCCACUAUUAACCUUCCUUUAGAAACACAUAGAGUAUGAGAUGUUUUAAAGUUCUCACCAAAUACACAUUUCACAUUUAAUCAUGUAGGACCUUGAUGGGCCUUUGUUCCCAAGGACUUGCACAUUUUUGCACGGAUUAUGCUCCAUCCCAUUCACUUCUGCAUUCCUUUAACUUUUAAUCCCUAUGUUUGUCUCACUUUUCAUCUGGUUGAAUGGCUUUUUUUAGUGUGGUAUUUGCUGUCACACAGCUUUUCCUGGGUGAGUUUGCCAACUCACAGGUGCUUUUAGGCUUGAAGGCUCCAUCCUAUCACUUCCACAUUGCCAGUGAGCAUAAAAGGUAGCCAUUCUUUUUCUGUGUAUUGAAAAAUAGUUCUUUCUGUUGCUCUAAACUAGUCGUGUCCCUUGGGAAAAGAAAAUGCACAAUUAUAUGUCAGGCUAUAAAGAAUUUAAGCUGUAAAGUACAUAGGUUAAAAGAAGCCCUCAUUGAAUUUGCAGCCAUCCUAAUUCAAAAUCUAUAAUGACCAGUGUUUGGGGCUCAUUUGAAAACAGAUACUGGUGAGAGAGAACCAAACUUCAAUAUUUUUCUAAAGAAAUUACAGAUAGGGUAUGCUGGAUAAAGCAUUUUGGGGUUAUAUUUGAAAAACUCAUUAUUACCCCAAAAUAUUAUCUUAAGAUUUUCCUUUUCCAUGCUACCUGGACAUAAUAAUAUGGACAAACUUGGUUUUCUCUAGAAUAUAACAUUUCCAAUACUGUUCUUCUUUUCAUGCCAGAAAUAUUGCCUUUUUUUUUUUUUUUAAAUAUCCAAACACAAGUACCAAAAUUGACUUUUUCUCUAGAGGAAAAUAGCUAUAAAGAGCGGUUUAAAAAUUUUUUUUUCCAGGCCCAGGUCCUUUUUGCCUGACAGUUGCAAAUCAGGGCACAUAAAAUUGUGUUAGUUUUGUGUAGUUUACUUUAAAAAGACAGGAAAGCUUGAAAAGAUUGUGAAACCACAGUCUCAUUAUUCUUAUAAUCCUUCUGCAACUCAAAUUACAUACUGCAGAAGACAUUUUCAUAUCAUCGAUGUGACAUUUACACCACACUUUCAAAGACAAUCACUGAAAAAAAAUUGCCUUUUUGAGCUAAAAAUAUGCAGUCUCUGCCUAGAAUCUUUAUUCAAACUCUUAUUGGGCAGUGAAAUGCUUACUUGCCAGCUCCAGGACCGCAUAUACUUUAUUACGUUUUAACAUGUUUCUUUUAAGGAAGGACACUUCUUUUAGUAGCAGGUUACUGUUUUGUAAACUAAUUAAGUAUCUUGGAUUAAGAUUAGUUAAAACUUUCUUCAAAUUUUUCACAAGUAUAUACUUUUAAAUUAUGAAGUACUUUAAAUAUAAACAAAAGUAUAAAUAAUAAUAUAAUGAAUCUCUGUGCCACCCAGUUUAAGAAAUCAAAUAUAACAAAUAUAGCUACAUUCCCCUGUAUACCCUUCCCUGAUUCCACAGAUAUUUUUUCAUGAUUAGAAAGUGACAAAGUUUUCUAGUCUGACUUUUGUUUCUAAUUUUUAAUUUUAACACUCAGAAAUGAAAAAUUGUGCGUGUUUUGAAUUGCAACCCAGACCUCAAGAGUCCCAGUUAAAUUUAUUUUACUUCAGUAGGAAUCAUCAUAAAGGUGGUUGAUUUUUUUUUUUUUUCUGUAAGAAGUUCUUAAGCUUAUAGCUCUUCUGAGUUAAUCUGUGGCUCAUUUGCUUUGGUCCCCAAACGGUUUUGUUUUAGAACCACCACAGUUACAGCUUUUCAAAGGGUCCUUUGACCCUUGACUGUCCUUUCCUUACCUUGCUGCCCUUAUCCUUGAUCUCACAUUUCUCAUAAUGUGAAAUACGAGGGGUCCACUUCGGGCAGCAUAUGAAUUUUAGGAUACAGUGGCAACUGUAUCUCUGAAUUUCUGUCUCCCAAAUGAAAGGCCAGACCAUGCGGAUGAUCUCAAAGAAUACUGACUAUUAGACAAUUGAGGUGAUAAUGAUAAUAUAAUCUGCUUGAAUUGUUUCAGUAACUUGUUUUCUAUGAAAUACUUGGGGGGAAAUUGUCUUUUGGUCAAAAGCAAAGAGCCCAGUUUAUUGAGAGAUAGAUUUUAUCUCUUGAAGUGCAGUCCUAUUAGUAUGAAUUGGAUUUUAUCUCUUGGAGUGCAGUCCUAUGAGUAUGAAUUUUGCCAAAGGAGGGAGAAUUUAUGAAAUAUUUAUACUAUAAAAAUGCAAUAACAUUCUACUUGUUUGUUACAUUUAAGUCCUUAGGUAACUGAAUGUUUACAUGCAAAAAAAAAAAAAAAAAAGAGAGAGUAAUAAAAAAAUGCUUUCACAGACCCCUCACUGUGGCAUUGCCAGAAUACUGCUUGCUUACAAUCUUUAUAGUGCAUUUUAUCACAUAACCUCAGAGUAUCUUUACCAAAGAUUUUUAAAGUAAAUCUCUUUUUAAUAUAGACUUAUCAUACUUUUAUAAUAAUGAAUGUGCACACCUACGUAUAUAGAUAUUUAGAUUUAGAUUUUUUUUUUCUUUCACAAGGUAUAAUAAGGAAAGAAUCCUAAAAUAUUUUAUUUCAGGAUUUCUUAAAUAUAUGAUUUAUAUUGCUUUCUUAUCUUCUCUUAAUCAUUUGGUGUCAGCAAUGCCAAAUCACGUUUUACUGUUUUAGCUACAUGAAAUUUUGCCUAUAACAGAGAUAUAAAGAUCUAAUACCUUAAGGAUUAUAAUUCUACUGUCUUUUGAUAUAUUGUCUUGAUUGUUAAUCAUUUAAAUACAUAAGUAAUAGAAAAGAAUCAUAGAGUCUAUAAGAGAAAGUUUGUAAAAAUAUACUGGCUUUAAAAAAAAUUGUCAAGAACACAAAUAUUUGGUAAUUUUAUGUAACAUGAGAGACAUGGAAAAGGAAAAAGAAACCCACUGUGUCUUGGGCUCUGCAGACCGUUUCAUAGUUAGAUUUCUCCAUUACCUGGAUCUCCAGCUCAUGGCAACUCAGUGUGGAGUCUCAUCUGCAAAUAAAUCGGCCUUUAAAACCCAAAAAUAAGUCAUGUGUCCCAGCAAAGCGCAUCAAGACUUUGAGAUCCUGAACAUGUCUGCAGCUCAAAGAUGUGGGUUCUUUUUUCUUUCAUUAACAAAUUGUUUCUGUAAGAGCAACUUCUCUGAUCAAAAUUACUACAUUGAGUGUAUGCUGAUUAAUACAGUGGAGAUAUCAACAGUAUAAUUGUUUUCUCACUAUGAAAGAUUCUGCAGAGAUGUUUGUGAUGAUGUUUCAAGCAUAUAACACUCUCAGGUGUUUUAUAUUUGGGUCCCAGGGGGAAAAGAAGAGCAUUUUACCAUGGGGCUAUAGUAGAGGGUUUAUGGAAUAUAGACAGGACUCUGAAAACACAACUUCCAACAGUUUUCCUAGUUAGUAAAAAUCCUAUUAAUGUGAACCA